AUGCCAAUCCUGCAUCAGGAGCAGCAUAAAGUGACUAAGAAGGUUUUACAGGCUCUCGCCCGUCUUGAUGCCAUGGACACUGGAACUUACUAUGGUUCUCUUGACAGCUACCUCCGAGACUUGCAAAUCCUAGUGGGACAUCUUACACUGACCAUUACGUACCACCUCAACGCCAUGCCCGCACGCCAGCAAACUCUCUACCACCAGCACCCACAGCACAAUGACGACCAGCGUCCCGAGCACGAAGAUGAGGACAACACCCGCGCCUCGUCGCCGACUCAUCCUGUGAACCACAAUUUUUGGCAGAAUCCCCUCGUUGACAAUGACUACACCUUCGCCAAGGUCGAGGGCCGAUAUUGGUACAUGGGCCCUUCAUCCACCUGGGCUCUCUGUCGCCGCGUCCUCGCCCUCAUCGGGAAGCGCAUACCCGAGGGCACAUCGGCGCCGGACCCCUGGCAUCUCGACGGCAAGGCCUUGCGGCUUCGCUGGCGACCUGUCGCCCUCGACGAGACACCCGAUGUGUCCAACCUUCCGCCUCUCGACUACGCCCUGUUUCUUUUCAACACUGUCAAGUUCUACCUGGGCCUCGUCUUCUACAUCAUCGACGAGCCGACGUUCCUGAGGAACCUGCACGAGUUCUACGAGAACCCCGUCGUCAAGGCUUCGGCGUGCAGGAGCUGGUUUGCGCAGUACUUGUUCGUCCUGGCGUACGGCAAGGCUUUCAUCGUCAACCAGAGCUCACCCGAGGGCCCGGCCGGGUAUCAGUACGCUGUCAGGGCCAUGGGCAUGCUGCCGGACCUGUCGGGGCUCGACUCUGAUCAGAUAUCGGGCAUCCAGGCGCUGGCGCUCGCCGCUGUGUAUUUGCAGUCAGUCGACAUGCGGCUUGCCGCGUUUCAGCACAUCGGCCAGGCGCUGCGCAUCUGCAUCAUCGAGGGCAUGCACCGGCACAUGCCCGAAGACGUCGUCGGCGAGGCCUACUCGCAGCAGUGCAACGUCGUCUUCUGGGUCGUCUACCAGCUCGACAGGGAGUUCUCGGCCCUGAUCGGCGCGCCGAGCUCUAUCCGCGACGAGGACAUCACCGUCAGGUCGCCGUCCGAGAUGUUCUCGUCCAUUGACAUGCUGAACAUGGGGCUGCAAGUGCGGCUUUCGCGGCUCAUGGCGCGCAUUUUGACUACGGUCUAUGGUGCCGGCAAGCAGUUUGACGGCUCGCUUGUGAGGAACACGAAGUCGAUCCUGAGAGACCUGGCUCAGCUGUCGAAAGACCUGAAUCACCACCUCAACACACAUUUUCAGGGCACCAUUAGCAAGACGUCACGCAUCGCCCUCCGUCUCAUCCUCUCCUACCAUUAUUGCGUCGUCCUCACGACGCGACCCCUCGUCAUGUGCGCCCUGCACAUGCACAUUGAGCAAAAAGACACGCCCAACUCGCAAGCCAUAGCACUCGCGCCGCCCGUGGCCUCGCUGAUGCAGUCGUGCGUCGACUCGGCCCAGACGGUGCUGCACACGCUGCGCGUCAUUGGCGACGAGGACCUCCUCGAGGCGUUCCUCCCCUUCCAGCUCGAGGAUGCCUUCUCCUCGGCCUUCAUCCUCUACCUCAUCCGCGCCAUCACGCCGGCGCUCAUCCAGGACAACAACUGGACCGAGAACAUACGCAGCGUUCUCGACAAGAUGAUCUCCAAGGGCAGCAUAGUCGCGCCGCUGAGGAAGCUCGAGCUGAGCCAGCUUGAGAUGGUGACGGCCGUGUUGAGUCCGACUGGAAACGUCGGGGGUUGUGCCAAGGAGCCCAUGGCGGCAGCGGUGGAGCAUGAUGAGCAGGAGGCGGCGCAGACGCACGACGAGGCGGAUGAGGCUGGGUGGGACAUGUUCAUGGCGGACUGCAUGAUUGGGCUGUCACCGCGGGAGAUGCUAGACCUGGCGGAGCAAUUGGGUGCCGAGAGCAUGUUCAGCCCGUAUGGGCAUGUCGAUGAGUAG